AUCAGUCAACGCCCCUAGCUCGUUCAGUCUCUCGUUGACAUUCUGUCCAGGAGGCCUACAGCUUUAAGAACCGCAGGGGCGACACCCUGUGGGUUGGACUUGGUACCAUUCAACACACCGGAAGUUAACAAUGGUGAAGUUUGGAGGGCUGAAUCUGUUUUUUCUCGUCGUUUGGCUGGGUAGAGCCGUCACAGAGACCUCCAAUUCAGACACACCACCUCCAGAGAAAAUAGCUGUGAUCGGGGCUGGGAUCGGCGGAGCGUCAGCUGCCCACUUCCUAAGGCAGUAUUUUGGACGGAGCGUACAGAUCGAUGUUUACGAGAGCGCGACAGUGGGAGGGCGGUUGGCCAAGACUUCUAUCAGUGGCCAGGAACACGAGAUAGGAGGGGCAACCAUUCACCCUCUCAGCCUGCACAUCAAGGAGUUUGUUCAGCUGCUGGGUCUUAAGGAGCGCAAGCAUCCUAACAACCUGCUGGCGGUGUACGAUGGGGAGCAGUUGGUGUUCGAAGAGAGUGAGUGGUUCAUCGUUAACUUCAUCAAGCUGCUCUGGCGGUACGGCUUUGACUUCCUGCGGGUGAAGAUGUGGCUGGAAAACUAUCAGCACAGUUUCAUGAGAAUCUAUCAGUACCAGGCUAUGGGCUACUCCUUCUCGACCAUGGAGAAGAUGCUGCAGGUGCUCGGCGGUGACAAGUUUGUACGGCUGACCAAGCGUUCCAUUGACGAAGCCUUGCAGGAGGCCGGCAUCAGCCAGAGGUUCAUUGACGAGAUGGUCGGCCCCAUCAUCAGGCUCACCUAUGGAGAGGGUGUCCAUGUCAAUGCAUUCAUAGGCAUGACCUCGCUGUCAGAGACAGAGUCCGAUCUGUGGUCUGUGGAAGACGGGAACCAGCUCAUCUGCUCAGGCCUGCUUUACUCUGCAAAAGUCAACCUCAUCAAAGGCAAGGUCACCUCCGUCGAAGCCAAGAAGAGGCUUCGUCGCAAUGGUGAUGAGGUUACUAUUUAUGAAGUGAACUACGUGGAUGGCCCCAGCACUAGCUAUGGGGCAUACGAUAUCGUCAUUGUUGCAGUCCCCUUGCACAGCUCCGAUCCAGAAAUCCAUUUCCGGGCUUUCUCCCAGCCGAUCGAUGUAGCUCGGGGUCGCUACCAAGAGAAGUUUGUCACGCUGGUGGAGGGCCAUUUAAACGCUUCUUUCUUCAGCUACCACGGGGCUGGGCCCUUCCGUCCCACCACCAUCGGCACCACCGUACACUCGGGCAACUUCAUCCUGGGCGCCAGUGUCUCGACACCCAUCGCAGGGGGGGCAUCCCCUACCCGGGUCUGGAAGGUGCUGUCGCCCGAGCCCCUGGGCGAGAAGCGGUUAAGGCAGCUCUUCCCAUCCUGGGCUGCCGUGCGCCAGGCCCAGUGGCUUGCCCACCCACGCUACAGCCCAGACGAUCGGGUGCCGCCCUUCAUCCUCCACGACCAGCUUUACCACCUCAAUGCCAUUGAGUGGGCAGCCAGCACCCUUGAGAUGAUGGCCAUUGCUGCCAAGAAUGGUGCCCUCCUCGCCCACCACCGCUGGUUCGGGCAGCUGGACAAGGUUGACCAAAACGUGCCACAACAAGUUAAGGUCGAACUCUGACCAGAGCUGACUGGGAAAGCUGCUUGGCUCUGAGGCAUUUUCUGUACUGGAUGUUUACUUUCAUCUAAAGAAAUGGUUUACAUUUGCACUGAAUUACAUUGAAAGUCACAGCACUGGAAAAGUCUGUACUGCCCUUUGGCCUGUGCAGGUGUUGGCACUCCGAACAAACCUCUCGCCCUCAUUAGUGCUGUUCAGUCACUGCGGAGACCACAAGACAUAAGAGCAGAGUUAGGCAAUACAGACCAUCAAGUCCAUUCUGCCAUUUGAUCAUAGCUGAUUUAUUUUCCCACCCAACUCCAUCCCCCUGCUUUUGUCCCAUAAGUCUUGAUGCCUUUACUAAUCAAGAGCCUAUCAAUCUCCACUUUAAGUAUACCCAAUGACUUGGCCUCCACAAGUGUCUACGGCAUUGAAUUCCACAGAUUAACUACCAG